CUUCACUGUCCUGACGGUGAGAGGAGGGGAGAGCUCAGCUUUCAUGUUCUCCAAGAAGGUCUCAGAGAUGGUUAGAAACCCAGGGGUGGGAUCCUCUUUGCUCCCCCAUCACCUUCACUGGAAGGUGAAGUUCUCUGGAUUCGGGUUUGUGGCCCACAUCAUAGGGGGCUAACUCCAACCCAAGGCCCAAUCUCCUAGUCUGUGGAAAUGAGGGUCGAGGAGCAGGCAGAGGACCAAGGUGCUCUGGGUUUCUUGGCAAGAUGCACGAGGGGUCCCAUGGAUGGAGAGGGACUGUCCUCUGGGAGGUGUUACUGACACCCUCCCUGCUCCAGUACCUGCACUGACCUUCCUUCCUGGGAAUCCAGGGAUCCUGGUCUGGCCUGACCCUGUGGGCCAUGGGGGAUACCUCCAGUCCUUCUCUGUCUUUCACAUUUGCUUGGAAAUGAUGGUAUCUGGGAAGCCCAGGGCGGGGUAGCUCCUAGGAAUGAGGUCAUGCCUGAGGUAGGCAGGAGCCAGGCUCACCUGCUAUGCCCUCUACCAACAUCAUGUUCCCCUGGGCAGGGCGGGUGCCUGGCAGCCUCCAAGGCUCGUGCCAGCAGAAAUGGGCACAGCAGCUGUGGCUGGAGGCAGGAGACCUGCACACGAAGUACCUUUUUCCUCUGGCUCUCCCCAGUGAGCAGUCUAGGCCAAGAGGCUUUCAACUGGGUGGCGGUGGAGCUGGAGGAGGCUGAUUUGUAGAAAAAGAAGCAGCGAAAGGGGCUUGGUCAGAACUAAACCAAAGAGGAAGAGGAUCCCCUUUGCAGUAAGAGGGAUUGAGGUUAGAUGACACGGAGAAUGCCCUUGGGGGUCAAAUAUAGGAAAAAUACUGAAGAGCCAGGGAAAGGGAGAAGAACUGAGCAAAGCAGCCUUGUUCUUUUUUAUCUGAGGCAUCGCCAAGCUUCUUGUUCCUGUCCCCUCUCAUUCUCUCUCUCCCUCCAGCUUGUUGCCCUUGUUCUAGGGCUGAGUCACCAGUUGAGAGAGGGGGCUGGAUGGGCAGCAAAGGAAGAGUAGGGAAGGACAGGGAGGGCUGCAGUUUCAGCUACCAUAGGAGCAGCCCCUGGGGAGAUGGCUAAUUCGGGCAGCAAGGCUGGCACAGAGCUGGGAUCCAGGCAUCCCAGAGCUCCCCCCGCCCCUACUCUGGGACUCAGGGGUAGAGCGGGCGCCCUCCCCACCUGCCUCCUGGCCUGGGGUGGGAGGAGAACACAGGAGGCUAGGUACCCAAGGAGUGAGGCCCUGCCAUGUUGGCCUGAUACCUGAUCCUCUGGCUCCCUCUGAAAUCCCCCCACGGAGCCACCAAGUGCCUCCCCGAGGUGAGGGAAUCUGGGAAGGUGAAUCUUCCAGGCUGCUUCUCUGAGCAUGACCCCACUCCAGUGACCUGAGGGCCUUCUCCUCUUUAGGGUGAGCCAACCUGGUACCCUGAAUUCUCCUGGGUAUUGUGCCCCGCCCUUCUUUGAUUUUCCUGGUUUCUCCUUGGCUGUUCCAUUAGCUUUGCACUACCCCAAGGGGAGUGAUAGGGCAGGGGUAAGGAAGGGCUUUUUCGGAACUUGGAGCUCAAGGGAUUCCGCAGAGGCCAAGAGGGCUGUUUGCCUGGAGCCAAUGGGAAGGUGAGGAGGCAGCUGUGGAAAGCCCGUGAGUAGUCAUCCCACUCCAUCUGGGGGGCUGGGGCUCUCUGCUCUCCCCAGUCCAGCUUGACUCCAGGAGAGGGGCAGUCGCAUCUCCUAUCUUCCUUGCUCUAAGAGCUCCAUCUAGGCAUCCCUCCACUUAGUCUCCCUCCUGGCUGCAGCUGAGAGGAUGGGCUCCGUACUGUUCUGGAAGGGGUCAGCUUUUAGAUUUGGUGAUCUGGACCAGACCCCAAAAUAGGUGACUAGCAGAAGCACUCAUUUGCAUAAUAUUUUACAUUUCAUUUGCAUACCAGUAAGGUCCCUCCCACUUUCCAGAUUCUCCAACCCCCACCGCACACACCUGGCUGUGUGUGGCUGGAGGAAGCUGGAACCACCCUCUGCACACCUACCUUCCCCCUCCAUGCACAGGCCUCUGGCUGUAGACCCAUUGGAGCCUGGGCUGGGAGCCAGAGGGCCUUAAAGGGCCUCUGAGUGGGCCAAGUGGAAGCUAAAAAUACUCUGGGGGGGUGAAGGGGGGGCUCCCUCUGGAAUCUCUGAGGAGGGAGGGAGGGGCCUGGGAUGUGGGGCUGAGAUUAGGGCACUGGCCCUCCCCCGCCCUCUAUCAGUAGGCAUAAGGCUGGUUCCAGGCCAUGGGCAAAACGGUAUAGGUGGUAAGGGGAAGUAUUUCAAUCUAAUUGACAUGUGUACCCAGCUCUGCCUGCUCAGUACUUCAGGAAGUUCAGAGGAGGGGGUCCUUUUGCCCCUUCCUGGCUGAGUUGAAGGGGCUGGAAGGGCAUGGAGACCCUUCUGCUUAGCCACCUCCUGUAUGAGAAUGUGCACAGGGCAGCAGCAAUAAGGGGGCAACACUUCCGUUGCAGGCAUGCCCAAGGCCCGCCACCUACUGAGGCCUGGACCCCUUCAAUGUCACUGUAGAAAAUCCCCCACUUCCACCUCCAGCCAGAUCUGAGCUCCCACCACAGACUGACUCUAGCAGCCACUACUCCCACCCCCACCCCAGUGAUCACCUGGUAUCCUCAAGCCAUGGAAGUCUUCCUGUGUCUGUCCCCUGCUCUCUCUAAACCACCAAAGGAGUCUCUUCUUUUCCCUCUGCUCCAGGUUCCCUAACAUGCCAAGGCAGAAAUUCCUGGGUCCAGCUGGGCACAGUGGCUCUUGCUUGCAAUCCCAGUAUUUUGGGAGGCCAAAGCAAGUGGAUCACCUGAGGUCAGGAAUUCGAGACUAGCCUGGCCAACAUGGCAAAACCCUAUCUCUACUAAAAUUACAAAAAUUAACUGGGUGUGGCGGCGCACACCUGUAAUCCCAGCUACUUGGGAGGCUGAGUCAGGAGAAUCACUUGAACCCGGGAGAUGGAGGUUGCAGUGAGCUGAGAUAGUCCCACUGCACUCUAGCCUGGGUGACAGAGCAAGACCCUGUCUCAAAAAAAAAAAAAAAAAAAAAAUCCUGGGUCCCUGGUCCCUGGAGGAAGGGCUGGCAUCAUGCUAGGGCCAGUCCUGAUGUCACAACAAAUCAGAACCACAGUGCUCACGUUAGCCAUGGCUUCAUAUCAGAAUACCCUUUUGCAGAAUAGACCCAUUUAUUCCUCCAGCAAUCCUGGAGGUCAGCAGGAGAAGGGCUGUCCGCAUUCUACAGACAAGGCACUCAGGGCUCAGAGAAGGAAAGGACAUUGCCCCUUCAGGCAGAACAAACCCUAGACCCAGGUCCCUGGGCUCUCAGGCUGAGAUGCUCCCUUCCCACAGGCUACAGCUUCCUUCUCUCAUCUGUCAGGCACGCCAGAGAGCGGAUGUCCAUGGGUGGUCAGGCAGUGGACUCAUCGAGGCCUUCCCAGCCCAGACAGAAGUGACUCUCCAAGCCUGGCUGCCAGCCUGGCCCCCUGCCAGCCUCCCUGGCCAGGAAGCAUCACCCCUUCUCCCAGGAACACUCCCCAGGGCUGCUGGCUGGUGCCCCCCGGGAGCUCGCUGUGCCUGACGGCUACACCAACCGGACUGGUGCUGUGUACCUGUGUCCACUCACUGCCCACAAGGACGACUGUGAGCGGAUGGACAUCACAGUGAAAAGUGACCCUGGCCAUCACAUUAUUGAGGACAUGUGGCUUGGAGUGACUGUGGCCAGCCAGGGUCCUGCAGGCAGAGUCCUGGUCUGUGCCCACCGCUACACACAGGUGCUGUGGUCAGGGUCAGAAGACCAGCGGCGCAUGGUGGGCAAGUGCUUCGUGCGAGGCAAUGACCUACAGCUGGACCCCAGCGAUGACUGGCAGACCUACCACAACGAGAUGUGCAACAGCAACACUGACUACCUGGAGACGGGCAUGUGCCAGCUGGGCACCAGCGGUGGCUUCACCCAGAACACCGUGUACUUCGGUGCCCCUGGUGCCUACAACUGGAAAGGAAACAGCUACAUGAUUCAGCGUAAGGACUGGGACUUAUCUGAAUAUAGUUACAAGGACCCAGAGGACCAAGGAAAUCUCUAUAUUGGGUACACGGUGCAGGUAGGCAGCGCCAUCCUGCACCCCACAGACAUCACCAUUGUGACAGGUGCCCCACGGCACCGACAUAUGGGCGCAGUCUUCUUGCUGAGCCGGGAAGCUGGCGGAGACCUGCGGAGGAGGCAGCUGCUGGAGGGCUCACAGGUGGGCGCCUACUUUGGCAGCGCCAUUGCCCUAGCAGACCUGAACAAUGAUGGGUGGCAGGACCUUCUGGUGGGUGCCCCCCACUACUUUGAGAGGAAAGAGGAGGUAGGGGGUGCUAUCUAUGUCUUCAUGAACCAGGCGGGAACCUCCUUCCCUGCUCACCCCUCCCUCCUUCUUCAUGGCCCCAGUGGCUCUGCCUUCGGCUUCUCCGUGGCCAGUAUUGGUGACAUCAACCAGGAUGGAUUUCAGGAUAUUGCCGUGGGAGCCCCGUUUGAAGGCUUGGGCAAAGUGUACAUCUACCACAGUAGCUCCUGGGGACUCCUCAGACAGCCCCAGCAGGUAAUCCACGGAGAGAAACUGGGACUGCCUGGCUUGGCCACCUUCGGCUACUCCCUCAGUGGGCAGAUGGAUGUGGAUGAGAACUCCUACCCAGACCUUCUAGUGGGAAGCCUGUCAGACCGUAUUGUGCUGCUGCGGGCCCGGCCCGUCAUCAACAUCGUCUACAAGACCUUAGUGGCCAGGCCAGCUGUGCUGGACCCUGCAGUUUGCACACCCACCUCCUGUGUGCAAGUGGAGCUGUGCUUUGCCUAUAACCAGAGUGCUGGGAACCCCAACUACAGGCGAAACAUCACCCUGGCGUACACUCUGGAGGCCGACAGGGACCGCCGCCCACCCCGCCUCCGUUUUGCCGGCAGUGAGUCUGCUGUCUUCCAUGGCUUCUUCUCCAUGCCAGAGAUGCGCUGCCAGAAGCUGGAGCUGCUCCUGAUGGACAACCUCCGUGACAAACUCCGGCCCAUCAUCAUCUCCAUGAACUACUCUUUACCUUUGCGGAUGCCCGAUCGUCCUCGACUGGGGCUGCGGUCCCUGGACGCCUAUCCCAUCCUCAACGAGGCACAGUCUCUGGAGAACCACACUGAGAUCCAGUUCCAGAAGGAGUGCGGGCCUGACAACAAGUGUGAGAGUAAUUUGCAAAUGCGGGCAGCCUUCGUGUCGGAGCAGCUGCAGAAGCUGAGCAGGCUCCAGUAUAGCAGAGACGUCCGGAAACUGCUCCUGAGCAUCAACGUGACGAACCCCCGGACCUCGGAUCGCAUCGGGGAGGAUGCCCACGAGGCGCUGCUCACCCUGGUGGUGCCUCCCGCCCUGCUGCUGUCCUCAGUGCGCCCUUCCGGGGCCUGCCAAGAUAAUGAGACCAUCUUUUGUGAGCUGGGGAACCCUUUCAAACGGAACCAGAGGAUGGAGCUGCUCAUCGCCUUUGAGGUCACUGGGGUGACCCUGCACACAAGGGACCUUCAGGUGCAGCUGCAGCUCUCCACGUCAAGUCACCAGGACAACCUGCAGCCCAUGACCCUGACUCUGCUGGUGGACUAUACACUCCAGACCUCGCUCAGCAUGGUAAAUCACCGGCUACAAAGCUUCUUUGGGGGGACAGUGAUGGGCGAGUCUGGCAUGAAAACUGUGGAGGAUGUGGGAAGCCCCCUCAAGUAUGAAUUCCAGGUGGGCCCAAUGGGGGAGGGGCUGGUGGGCCUGGGGACCCUGGUCCUAGGUCUGGAGUGGCCCUAUGAAGUCAGCAAUGGCAAGUGGCUGCUGUACCCCACGGAGAUCACUGUGCAUGGCAAUGGGUCCUGGCCCUGCCAACCACCUGGAGACCUUGUCAACCCUCUCAACCUCACCCUUUCUGACCCUGGGGAUAGGCCAUCAUCCCCACAGCGCAGGCGGCGACAGCUGGAUCCAGGGGGAGGCCAGGGCCCCCCACCUGUCACUCUGGCUGCUGCCAAAAAAGCCAAGUCUGAGACUGUGCUGACCUGUGCCACUGGCCGCGCCCGCUGUGUGUGGCUGGAGUGCCCCAUCCCUGACGCCCCUAUUGUCACCAAUGUGACCGUGAAGGCACGAGUGUGGAACAGCACCUUCAUCGAGGAUUACAGAGACUUUGACCGAGUCCGAGUAAAUGGCGGAGCUACCCUGUUCCUCCGAACCAGCGUCCCCACCAUCAACAUGGAGAACAAGACCACGUGGUUCUCCGUGGACAUUGACUCAGAGCUGGUGGAGGAGCUGCCGGCUGAGAUCGAGCUGUGGCUGGUGCUGGUGGCCGUGGGUGCGGGGCUGCUGCUGCUGGGGCUGAUUAUCCUCCUGCUGUGGAAGUGUGACUUCUUUAAGCGGACCCGCUAUUACCAGAUCAUGCCCAAGUACUACGCGGUGCGGAUCCGUGAGGAGGAGCGCUACCCGCCUCCAGGGAGCACCCUGCCCACCAAGAAGCACUGGGUGACCAGCUGGCAGACUCGGGACCUUUACUACUGAUGUCUUCCCUGAUCCCAGCCCCUCCCACCUCAGUGUCUUUUUUUUUUUUUUUUUUUUGAGACAGUCUCACCCUGUCACCCAGGCAGGAGUGCAAUGGCACUAUCUCAGCUCACUGCAAUCUCUGCCUCCUGGGUUCAAGCGAUUCUCCUGCCUCAGCCUCCCAAGUAGCUGGGAUUACAGAUGCUCGCCACCACACCCAGCUAACUUUUUUGUAUCUUGAGCAGAGACAAGAUUUCACCAUUUUGACCAGGCUGAUCUUGAACUCCUGACCUCGUGAUCCGCCCAUCUCAGCCUCCCAAAGUGCUGGGAUUACAGGUGUGAGCCACCGCGCCCAGCCCCAGUGUCUGCUUUCUUCCUAUUUAUCCUAAGUUGUGCCUCUGACAGUCCACAGGGGCCACCGCUGCCUUUGGCUGGCACCAGCAGGCUCAGGCAUAUCCACCUCGUCAGCGCAGGCACAUGCUGUCUGGCCACGGGCAUCUCCCCGAAGCGGGGCCAGCACUAUGGACCUUACAACGCCAAGCACGCUGCAGUCCUGUGCCCUAGACGCACAUGGGCCCCACUGCUCAUGGACCGUGCUGGUGCAUCACUGAUGGUGCAUGGGCUCACCAUGUCCCAGCCUCUGCCUGCUCCAAAACCGAGCCAAAACCAAGCCAAAGGGCCUCAGCCAGAGCCGGGAGGAAAAGGCCCCCCAGCAUGGUGACACCUCCCCUUUCACACUGGAUCCAUCUUGAGACACAGUCACCAGAUUGACUUUGCUGUCAAAACCACUGACAGGGUGGAGCCCCCUGGACCCCCAGUUGGUGGCUCCCCGAACACCCAGGCCAGAGAGCUGGGGUCCUGCCUAAGGUUGCCCAUGGGGGCAUUUGUAGGACCUGGCAUGCUCAGACCUAAGAGCAAGGAACUACAAAGGAGUUGUAGAACAGCUUUCUUUCCUGCAUCUCCGUGAAGUCUCUGUCCUCGGCCACAGACUGAACUCGCAGGGAAUGCAGCCGGAAGGAACAAAGACAGGCAAACUGCAAGGCAGCCUGGACCUCGCGCCCUGGGGAGCAUGGUGGGAACCUCCACAGAGAGGAGGGGACGGAUUCUGGGCUAACAGAUGUUGGAAGGCGACAGAGGAGAUGCCACUUCUGACUCACCACUACCAGCCAGCCUCUGAAGGGCCCAGAGAGACCCUACAAGACCACGGAGGGAAUGAUACUUGAAUGUAGAACAGGCAGGGGGCCCUACUGUGCCCAGCCAGCCAGACCCCAUGCUGCCCCCACUGACCAUGCGUUGGGGGCCUAGAGGUGGACUUCUCAGCUGUCCUUGGCUUUCAGAGCCAGCCUGGCUCUGCUCCCUCCCCCAUGGGCCGUGUCCUAAUGCCCAUUCCAGAAGCUGAGGCUAGUUCCAGAAAACCUCUCCUGACCCCUGCCUGUUGGCAGCACGCUCCUCAGCCCCAGCCCCUUCCAUGGUACUGUAGCAGGGGAUGUCCUCCCCGCCUCGUGCCUUCUUUGUAUAUUGGCUUCUCACGGCAACCAAUAAACAGUUCCCAGUUUGUA